GCUGAUGCAUUUCCUGUAACUUGGGAGUCCACCUGAGCCAAGCAGGCCUUCUACGCGAGCGGCCCCUGGCAAAUGGAGGAACGAGAGAAGCUGCCAAAGGAACUUAGCGACUUAGCGAGCUUAGGAGCGGAGAUAGCCCGAGUGUCGGCCCAGGCGGAGUCGGCGAAGGAUGCCGAGGACAAGCGGUACUUCCGGGAGACGGCGCUCAUGCUACGGAAAGAGAAGCUCCUGCUUCUCCACGCGCUCGACGCGGCGGCUGGGCUGGGCUCACACAGCGCGGCAGCUGCUGCCGCGGUGGCUUGCCCAGGCCCGGGGACGGUGGCAGCCCCAAGUUUGGGGACGGCGGCGGCCCCAGGCUUGGGGACGGCGGCGAUUGCCGCCCCUUUCUCGUCUGCAGAUGCGACGGCUCGCUUCCUCCGCUCCAUAAUGCUUCCCACCGCUGCCCCCGGCCCGUCGGAGCUGCGGCAACUGUUCCAAAACCUGCUGAAGCACAAGGACAGCCAACCUGUCAAGUUGCCGGUGCACGCGUGGGUGUAUGACGUCGUGGGCCUUGCAGAUGGCUCAAUGCUUGAUCUCUUGGAGCCGGAGGCGCAGUCGCAGGCGUGGGCCCUCUCAGUGCUGGUCUCGUCAGCGCUUCACCCAAGCGCGCAGCUGCAAGAUGACCUCGGGGACGAGCUCAGCGUUGCCGGUCGUGUGGACGAGCUGUUUGGGCGCGUGCUGAGCCUCAUGGCGCGCUACAUGGGCGGAGAGCCGCUCAAGCGCAAGCGGAACUGCACAGAGCAGUCCUUGGCCGCUCAUCUCAAGCGGCCGGAUUUCAUGGUGCUUCUGCGGGAUGCGCUGCUGUUCAAGGGCGAGGACAAGCCCGCCAGAGGCACGCUGGGCAGCGCCAAGGAGGACCUGCUGGCCAAGGUGCAGGGCUGGUCCAGUGCCUAUCACGGUCAGAUUGAGUACCUGCUGUGCUACGCUUGCGCCGGCGAUAAGUUCGAGCUGCUGUACCUGCUCCGCGACGACGAUACGAAGCUCUACCACCUCCUCGACUCGGAUACGUACACGCCAAGGGGCAAGAUCACCGUGAUCCAGGCGGCCAUCCUCGUGUAUGGCAUCAUCUCGCAGCAGCAGCACCAGCUGCCGGCGGACGCUCAGCUCAUGAACUCCCUGCCUCGUGGCUACGGCAGCGUGCUGUUGCAGCCUCACUCCGUAGUGAAGACAAUGGAGUGGACGCGCCACCUGAAUCAGGGGGGGAUGCAGCUGGGCGAUCUGCAGCAGCUGUACACCGCCGUACGCGGCAGCAGUUAUGUCAUCCACGCGUCGGAGGGACCAGCUGUCACGCGGGGCUCGUACAGGGUGACGCUGGAACCCAGGGGCCAGCCUCUGCAGGACAGCUGGUGCCCCGAAAGCUCAGAGGAGCUGGCUCUCGCCAUCAGGUGUAUUCUAUUGGGCGUGCAGGCGAUCCAUGCGGCCCGCUUUGGCCAUGCUGAUCUGCGCUGGCCGAACAUCAUCAAGCUCACCCGGGGAGCCUUCCGCGUGAUCGACCUGGAACUGGCGGUGCCCUUGGACAGCCUGCAGCGCCACCGCAAGGAGGAUGUGGACAUGCCGGCUGUCUGGGAGGGAGGCGCGGCGCUGGUGGAUGGGCGCUUCACCGCUGCCAGCGACUUGUACCUGGUGGGCCGCAUGCUGCAGCGCAUGCUAUCCAAGAUGCCUCUGUGGGACCCCGCACUCGAGGGUGCGAGGCAACUCGCUGAGGGCCUGGUGUCCAAGGCAUACAGCAUGGAGCAGGCGCUACAGCAUGUGUGGUUGCGGCUGCCCUAAGGUGAACUGCGGACGACGGUCCUAGGGGUAGUGUAGGCGGCGCAGCGCGGUGACACCUCGUGCAUGCACGCGUGCAUGUGUGGUGCAGCUGGAGCGACUGAGGAGGAGGAGGACGGUGAUGGCGUAGCAGAUGGUGAGAGGCGGUGGUGACUCGGGGUAUUGAGGGGUUUUACCCCGCCCCGCCACCUGUACCUCUGUCCACCUGUAGUGUUUCUUUAGGGCUACCGAGGCUAGGCACGCGCGCGGCCGCAGUGGCCGCGUCGGCUGUUCGUGAAGAGCCCCCCACCCCCCAGAACCCAGUUAUCCCCUGAUAGCUUGAACACGCGCCGCGACGUGUCGCGGGUGCAUGGUGUGCAUGGUAGUGCCGCGCCGUACGCCUCGGCGACAUGGCCGUACUCCGUGACGAGGUCGCGUGUGUGUGUGUGUGUGUGUGUGUGUGUGUGUGUGUGUGUGUGUGUGUGUGUGUGUGUGUGUGUGUGUGUGUGUGUGCUGUAAGAGGAUGCGCCUCCAUUUGUCCAAACUCAAUUGGCAAAUACUAUCUGGGGCGGGGGGUCUUACCGCGCGUGUCCCUACAGCCACUUUA